AUGGCUGCAUUUGAUGAAAUAUUUGAUUAUGUCGAUAAAGAUACUUUUUUCCAAUAUUUCCGAUUGACAUUAGUUGUUUGUACUUAUUUGAUAUUCCGGAAAUAUUAUUCUGCUUGGGCCAUUAAAAAGCAAACUGCUACUCAAUUAGCUCAAGAUCAAAAACAACAAGCUGAAAAAUCUGAAAGAGAUGCUAAAGAAUCUAAAGAAAAAUUUGAUACUAUUUCUAAUGAAGCUAAAGAAUUUGGUUGGGGUAAAAAAACUAGAAAUAAUGUUAAAUUAACUGAAGCAGUAUUAGCUGAAUAUAGUGAACAACAAAGACAAAGAAAUCAAACUAGUUAUGAUGCUCAAGAAGAUGCAGAUAUUGAUGAUUUAUUAGAAGAUUAA